AGUCUGACGUUCAUUUCUGCUAAAUGGUAUCUAAGCAGUCCUUGAGUUGCAGGAUAUGAGGACUUUCAGAAUGAUUUACACAGGCAUCAGUUAUGCAAUCUCUAUAUGAGGACACUGAAGUGUCGUAGAAAAUAAAAGAGUAUUAGAUUGGAGUUCUGAGAUGAUUAAAAUGUGCUACUGAAAUGGCUAUCAGAACAAACACAUCUGAGUAUUAUUGGUCUUAUGAAUAUUACUGGGACUAUUUGGAUCCAGUUCCUGUAGAUGAAAGGAAGUUGAAGGCUAAUAAAUAUUCAAUUGUCAUAGCCUUUUGGGUUGGUAUUGCUGCAUUUGUGGUGUUUCUGUUCCUUAUAUUGCUCUACAUGUCCCGAUCUGGGUCUACACCAGUCAAACAAGUGCUUGCAGGUAACCGGAUAGAACAUCUGGAAGGAAGUAGCUCCAAUGUUGAGCGGCUGCAUUGUGUUGAUCUCAGCAGUCCAGACUCAGACUUGAUCGCUACUGAACCAUGUAAUUCUCUUUCAGAUGAAAUUGGCAUUCAUGGAAGCAUCUCGGCUUGAGUGAGAACUGGAAACGGAUUCCUUAAAAACCAAUCAUAGUGAUUAUGACAGUGGGAAGAUACAAGAAUACCCUUGAUACCUUUUAGUAGCUGUAUAAAAUUAAACUAAAUUAGCCCUGAAAAAGAGAACAAAAAUAAUUUUAAAAACUAAGACUAAAAUUCAAAAUAUUCAAACCUAGAUGCCUAAUGAUUUAGGCUUCUUAAGCCAUUUAGGCACCUAGCUAGACUUGCUGUUUAUUAGAGGUGUUGAAUAAUCCCAGAUCUUGCAAAUUACUAAUGUACUAGAUGUAAGAACAACUUAAAAAAAUAAUCAGGGACAGAUUCUGCUCUCAGUUACAUGGCUGUAAAUCUGAAGCAACUCUUCUGUUGUCAAGUAUAUUACUCUGAUUUACGCCAGUGUGGCUGUGAGCAGGGGCUGUUCCUGCAAGUAGAGGUAGAUAAAAGUGGUUCUCAACCUUUCCAGACUACUGUACACCUUUCAGGAGUCUGAUUUGUCUUGUGUACCCUAAGUUUUACCUCACUUAAAAACUACUUGCUUACAAAAAUCAGACAUAAAUAUAAAAAAGUGUCACAACACUCCAUUACUGAAAAAUUGCUUACUUUCUCAUUUUUACCAUAUAAAAUACAUGUAUGAAAUUUCAGUUUGUACUGACUUCACUAGUGCUUUUCAUAUAGACUGUUGUAAAAUGAGGCAAAUGUUUAGAUGAGUUGAUGUACCCCCUGGAAGACCUCUGCCUGGGGUUUGCAUACCCGUGGUUGAGAACCACUGGUAUAGAAUACCAAAGUAGAUUCCAGUCCUGCAAACUGUUACGAAUUGAGCUUGCCUUUAUGCACUAGAUAUCAUCUUCAGCUGAGCUGUUCAUGUGCAUGGAGAUAAGAUGUGUAAAUCUUUGCAGGAUCAAAGGUUUUAUUAAUUUGAAGAGAACCCUUUGAUUGUAUUAGAUUUAAAUAUUUUUCCUGCAAUACUUAUUCCUUAUGAGCUCCAUCAUGACCAUAGUCAUCAAUCUUAUUUCCUCAGGUGCCUGUCCUCAGCUCAUCUUCUCAUUGCCAACCUCAUCUUAGCAUAUUGCAUUAUCUUCGGGCCACUUUGCUGAGGACAAUUUUAGAGCAAUGUCAAAUUUAAAAGCCUUGUGACUGCAGAGCAGAGAAUUGCACCUGGCUCCACCGGCUUCAAAUUCAGAUAUUUUUUAAAGUAUAACAAUGUGUUUUAUUUACUUUAAUAUUUAAAAAUAUCUGGUUACUUUAAAAAAAGUUUACCUGCUUAGUUUAGCCAAAUGGUUAAAAGCAGCAUUUCUUACCAUAAACAAACUGAAGUGUAUUUGUAAAUAAAGCUGGCAAGUGACACUAAUCAUGACCCAGUAGCCACAGGUUUGCCCUCUGAAAGAUUAUAUAAACCAAUGUCUAGUCUGCUUAAUACCAAAGUAAUGACCAGAAAGAAAAUGUUAACACUGAAACUCUGCCAUUAUUUGAUUGCUACCACUGGUCUUAAAGUCAGAUGAAAACUUGGCAGUCUUUUACUUCUGACAGUUUUAUCAUCAGCGCAGCAACUUGCAGUGUUGCCAACUCUUGGGAUUUCUUCACAACUAAUGUGAUUUUGGUCAGGGCUGGAGCCAGUCUGGUGAUGAAAUGAGACGCUCCAACCCUCUGUCUGGAGGAAAAGUAAAACCCCCUCCAACUUUCUUACUGCCUGGGGAAAAGCAGCCAAUCAGAGCUGCUGCAGAAGAUAGUUAUAGCUUUCACGCCUCCUCCUCUCAGGAGCAGGGCUGGUUCCAGCUUUUCUGCCGCUCCAAGCGGCAAAAAAAAAAAGGACGAGUGGUGGCACUUUGGCUCAGCUAAAUUGCACCGCUUCUUUGGCAGUAGGUCCUCCCCUCUUCCUCUUCGGCGGCAAUUCGGCAGCAGCUCAAAGAGGAAGAGAGGGAAUGAGGGACCCGCUGCCGAAUUGCCGAAGACCUGGACGUGCCGCCCCGAUACCGGACGGAGUGCCACCUCUUUUAAUUGGCCGCCCCAAGCACCUGCUUCCUAUGCUGGUGCCUGGAGCCGGCCCUGCUCAGGAGCCAGAUAGGUUCUUGGGUCAAGUAGGAGUGAGAGAGAGCAGCUGACACCAUUCUUACAAGACAGAAUUAGGGAGGAGGGACCAAAAAGAGACCUGCAGCUUAGGGUAACUCCAUUUCCUCUUUCCUCCUGUGAACAAUGGAUCAGUCUGGUCUCGGCUCCAUCCCUGCAACACCAGGCCUGGGAAGGAAAAGGUGGGUGAAGACCACUGGAGCUGCCCCACCCCCAGGCCUAGGAAGGGGGAGGAGGAAGGGCCUGGGAGAGAGGGGUGAAGAACUCCUAACGCUGCAGGAUGAGCAGAGGCGAGGCUGACAAGGACAAGAUGAUGUGGGGGCUAGGGAGUAGUACUGAUGUGAGGGUUGCAUAAUUAAUUGCUGGGCUGAGUGGGACACAGAAUUAAUUAAUUAGAAGUGUGGGGUUUGGAGAGAAGCUGGAAGCUCCGUACCAUCAGGCAGGUCACCGAAUCACCAUACUCUACAAAUCUGGGAACUGGCAAUACUAAUUGUCUCACAGACACUAAGGAUGGACAAGGGCAGUUCAAAAAUCAGAGACCGAACAGACAACAUAACCUUUAAAAAAAAUCUCAUGUCUCAUGAUUUAAUGUUGGGGGUUGGCGAUACUGCAAAUAGUAUUGUAGAAUAUUUUUUAAAGCAAGUCUAUCUACCAGCAAUAGGCUCAGAAACACCAGGGGUUAAAGUGGGUUGAGUCAGACUGAGUCAUGGACCAGGUGGGUGGGUGUGGAAAUGAUUGCAGGAAUUCAAGGCAGGUUAUUAGCAAGAAAAUGUCAAAGCACCUCACUUUUUAAUAGACAAACAGAUAUGGCCACAGCAGCCUUUCCCCUUUUUUCUCAAAUGUGCUCCUCUUUUAUUAGAGAUACUUGGCAGGGUUCAUGGGUGACAUAAUAAAUAUGUAUUUGGGGUCAAAUCCUGGCAAAAUUCCAUUUUCUUCAAUAGGGCCAAUAUUUCACCCUGGAUAUUUUUCUGCUUACGUGGUGCUAACAGAUCAUUGCACCAAUUGCCCUGCUCAGGCCUUCAGUCUGAACUGGUGAACAUCCUCCUUAUUGACUAAUGACAGCCUGUGACAGACAUCUACUUGAUAUCAAAACUAUUCACAAUGGCUGAUUCCAAGAAUAUUGCUGAAGUAUCUCAAUCACUCAGUCAUUCCAUGAUCACUGGUGUUCUCUUUUUUAGUUACAAUGUGGCCUGAUUCAAGCACAGACCCAUUGAAGUUACGUAUACUCUUUAUUAUUUCCUUGACAUUAUAUGUAACAGUUCAGCGUAAUAUGGAAACCAAAGAUGGAUUUUUAUUUAUUUAUUUAUUUUUACACAAAGUCCAAAGAACAAGGAAAUAAAAUAUGUUUUUAAAUUACUUUAAGAAAACAAUAGCUUUAUAUGCAGAAUAAACCAAACCUGGAAAACAAACUAAUAUUAAAUAUACUAAAAUGCAAUCCACCCCUUAAAAAAUGCUAAAUACUUCUGGGGAAGAAUAGCUUCCCUUCUGGUGACAUUCCUACCUACACCAAUUUCUGGGUAUCUCAAGUUUACCAAUCCUCCCAGUAGGGACUUUUCUUCACAUACUUUUUUGUAGGUGAAUGCUCCUCCUCCUCCUUGUGGUUUGCCAGGUUUCAUGGUUUGCUGGAAUUCUACCCACUUCUGUAGGCUACAAACUCCACAGCAGUAGGACUCAAGUCCAGUCCCUUUAUGUGCUUCAAAAUCAACCUGAGCUCCCUAAAAAAAAAUCUUGAUGCCAAAUGACUCUCAGAGGAUCCUAAUUUCUACUGAAUCAGCCUAUUAAGAAACCUCCAAUCUAGAGGCCUAAAAUUCUUUUCUCUUGUUACUUCAGCAACCCCUUGCUGAACCAGUCAGAAUGCCCCAGGGCUGUAAUACUACCACUGAGCCACAUCUUUCCUGCUCUGCUUUAAAUCCUGAGAAAUACCAACUGCUGCUAAAAACUACAAAUAUAUUUCACACACGGUACACAAAGGGAAGUACUUGCAGACCCAAUUCAAAGACCACAGAAUCCAUCAAUGGACAAUGGGAUCACAUCUUUACUGAACGUUAAAGGCCUUUACACCCCUACAAUGAGAACCAAGGGUGACCCACUCAUGAAAAGCCCCAUUGACUUCAGUGACGAUCCAUCCACACAGUUCUCAUUGUAGGACCAGGGCCAAAGUUGGCAACUUACUUUAUUUAAAGUAGUGCAGCUCCUUGGUUCAAAAUGUAGAUUAGUUUUCUUGGGCAUAUUCAUUGCAUUUGUUUUUUACUGACAUU